AUCAGACGAUACAGUGUCUCCCUGUUUUUAAUAACAUUCUUGGGGUCGACCUCCGGGUCCUUCAUGACGAUAUCCUGUCCAGUCAUCCUUUACCACUGGAAAAUUAUCUUGACUUUCCCCUGCACAAUUGCUCCACAACAAACAAAACGAUCCCAAAUCAACCUUCUGCGGUUUAUUUUGAGGUUAGAAUGCGUUUGAUUUGUUUGCUGCUGAAUAUCGGUGGCGAUUGCACUCACUCGCGCUCGUCUACUGCAGACUCGGAUUGGCUGGGAGCAAUUACCCCAGGAGAAACCGCCAAUAGCCGUCCUCCGGGGUUUCUAAAGCAGCAGAGGUGUCACGUGGGACUCAACUAUGACAGAAUGGCUGAUGGACGAGAGGAUAAUAAAUUCGAGAAGUUGAUAAGUGCUGGAAACAGAUCGUCCAGAAAGAAUUUCAAUGAUUCUGAACAUAUCCUGAGGAAACGACCGCCUUAUGCUUUCCCGAAGAGGAGCAAGGACGUCUAUGCCACAAACAAAACGGCUUUCAAGGCACAAUUGACGGUCUGCGAAAAACUACUGGAUUCAGGAGAGCCAGAGAUUAUAAUUCACGGAUUAGGAGCUGCGAUUAGUCGAGCCUGCAAUCUAGCCCUUCAACUCAAGAAAAAUUCUAGUGGAACGUUGGACAUCGACAUACGCACGUCGACAGUCCCUUUGAUCGACGAUUUCGAGCCUCUGAAGGAUGAUCUGGACUGUGAAGUGAACACCCGCAACAAUUCCGCAAUCCACAUCAGAGUAUUCCGAACAGUAGUGAUAGGUCCUCUGAAAUAUGCCUAAAAGAUCCUUCCACCCCUGAGAAAUUU